GGAGGAGGACGACGACGACGAGAGCAAAACUGAGCUUCUCGCACUCCCGGCGCUGCGCUCUUUUCAUUCGGCUGUGCUGCGCGAUUUGUGGCGGCGUCGUAACAGCCCAGGACGUUUGGCUAUGUGAUUUGAAGGAGCAGCACCAAAACGCGCUUCAUUUGUUUUAUGUUGAUCUACCAUGUGGGAAUUCAGAGGCUAGGGGAUCUACCGUGGCGCUCACAAAGGAAACACCUGGCCAGGAGCUUCUUGUUUCUUGGUGAGGAGCUGCUUCAUCUACUCAGGAUGGGAAGGACUGAGAGGUGCUUGUGCCCGGGAUGUUGGAGGCUGCCGCCGUUACUGUUGCUGCUCUGCUUCUUUGCCCUCAGCUUCGCACCUUUGGGCGCUGAAGGUGCCUCAGUGGAAAGCAAUGUAACUCUGCCAGACUACAAAAACAAUACUACGUUGGACUGUUUGGGAUGCAGAUUGCAGCAUCAAGGAGCUGAAGCCAUUGACAUGAAGACAUCCCCUCCAAUGACUGGCAAAGCUCAGCUGAUCUCUGGUGAGUCCAUUGUCCAGGGCUUGCCUAAUGAGAGUCAAGAGGAACUAGGCAGUGGGGAUCAACUUCUCAAACACUCAGAGAGCACUUUCCACAGGGCAGCAGGUGGUGUGGGAGUUCUGGCUGAGAGCUCCACAGUUGCACCUCUGUUGCUGGACAUGACCACAGCGGGCAUGCCUAGCAGUACAGAAAUCAGUCUAGAUUCCGCAGAGAAGGACCACUUGCUGGAGGUCUCUGUGGACAGUUCCUCGAUCAGCCCCAUGACCAAACAUGUUGAAGCCACAGAAAUUCAGCUGGAUUUUAAACGGGUGGAGCAUGUGCUGUGGGAGGGUCGCACAGAUUCCCCAACACAGGCUGCCUUAGGCAGCUUGGAGGUGACCCAGUUGGAUGUGAGUAAGCAGAUGGAAGGCCAAAGCGGUAGUUCGCCCACAACAGAGAUCACAACAGUCCAGGAUCAGACUCUUUCGGACACCCUGGAAGGGGAAUACUAUGAUCCGUUUGUGCUGGGGGAGACCACUUCUUUGCCCUUAUCUGACCUCUAUGAUUAUCUGACUCCAUACGAUGAUUCCUACACCACUACUGAGGUAUAUCCUGAUGAGGGUGAGUCUACAACCUCUGACCUGGAAGAUGAAAAUAACAGUCGUAUAACCACUGUGUUCCCUGGCGUUCAAAUCCUCCUGCAGAACACUGGCACUCUGAAACCCCUCCUAAAAACGGACCCUCGCUUCACCAUCACAGAGAGCGUGUCACAGAGUGGCUUUGAUGAAGAGGGAGGGCCAUUGGAUGUACAGAUGGCAUCUGGACAGGGAGCUGACCGUAACAACAGCACUGAAUGUGGCAUGGGGUAUACCAGACACAACUCCAGCUGCAAGUCCCUCUGUGACAUCUUCCCCAGCUACUGCUUCAAUGGUGGUCAGUGCUAUCAGGUGGAGGGAACAGGUGCUGUCUGCAGGUGCAACACACAGGACUAUAUCUGGCACAAGGGGGCACGCUGCGAGUCGGUCAUCACAGAGUUUCAAGUCAUGUGUGUUGCCAUUGGUGCUGCUGCCCUCAUGGUGUUGCUGCUCUUCAUGGUUACCGUGUUCUUUGCCAAGAAGCUGCACCUCCUGAAGACUGAGAACAGCAAACUGCGUAAACGCUCUAAGUACCGCCCUCCCUCGGAGCAGCACAACGACAAUUUCUCUCUGUCAACGAUCGCGGAGGGUUCGCACCCAAAUGUAAGGAAACUUUGCGACACCCCACCUAACCUCCCUCAUGCGCGUGCUUUGGCUUACUAUGAUAACAUUAUCUGUCAGAGAACCAUCAGCAGAUACACGUGGGAGUGUGAAAGCAAAGAAGAGACAAGAAGCCAGGAUGACCCAAAUGCACAGAACAAAUUAGAGGAUCCUGUGAAGGCUUCGCUCAAGGAAAAUGAGUCCCUUAACAUCCAGAACUCACUGACUCCCAAGCAUGAGAACAACAAGGCUGCCUCGGAGGAGAACUCAGAGGUAAAUUCACUUCAGAACAACAUGAUGUAAGCACACAUCAGGCGCAACUCAUGGCUUCACAGCAACACAAACUUUUUAUAAUGUUGUUUCCUCAUGUUCCUCUCGUCCCUCCCCAGACUUACUGAUUUAUCAGCAUGCAUUGGUGUAUUUUAUAUAAAAAGAAAAGAAAAAUGGGAAAAUGCUGAUGUUUGGUGUUUGUUUGACUAAUUCAGUGACUUUGUAAAUACAGAACGUAAAUGAGAAACAAAUGUUUGGAGUGAUGCAGACAGAAAUGUGUUUUCAUUUUCAUUCAUGUGAUUUCUAAUCCUUUACUGUAUUUUGAUUUUUUUGUACUUUUUUUGGGAAUUCAAAAACAAACAGAUGAAAUCAAAGUUGUUGAAAUAAAACUUUUUAACAUGAAA